GCGAAGUGAAGCGGAGCGAGUGACGGGAGAUGUGCGAGAUUUGUACUCAGAAUCUAAAUGUACGUCAUCUCUGGUUCUAAUACCUAAAUAUUGCAUUUUAUUUGCAAAUUGCAAUAACAAUUAUAAAAGCAUAAUGCCGGCGGCAAGAGGUGUUAAACGGACAAGUUCCAAAUUGUCGGCCGCCACGUCGUCUACAGCUCCAAAAAACAAGAAGAAACGUGGAGCGAUCCAGUUGGAGAUCCCCGAGGCUCCCAAGCGGAGAGGCCGCGUGCUAGUGUGCGGGCAAGGAGACGUAGGACAGCUGGGCCUCGGCGAAGGAGUUGAAGAAACAUCCAGAUUCAAAUAUGUAUCAGCCUUGGGCAACAAAAUCGUCGACGUUCGCGCGGGAGGCAUGCACACUAUUGCACUCGACAGCGACGGCAAGGUGUGGACAUUCGGUUGCAACGACGAGGGAGCCCUAGGGCGCGCGACAUCAGGCGAGCAGGAUGAAGGCACGCCGCGAGCAACGUCCCUACCAGCCCGAGCUGUGGCCAUCGCCGCUGGAGACUCCCAUUCCGCUGCCUUGCUGGAGACUGGAGAUGUCUACGCCUGGGGCGCAUUUAGGGAUUCCCACGGGAGCAUGGGGCUGGUGGUGCGUGGGAGAGAAGGCAAGGCGUGCAAGGAGCCCGUGCAAGUUCAUAUCGGGGAGACGGCUGUUGGCAUCGCCUCGGGCGGGGACCACCUCGUCAUACUGUCGUCAUCAGGCUCUGUCUACACGAUGGGCUGCGGUGAACAGGGCCAACUAGGCCGCUUGGCGCAGCGCUCCGCGUCACGAGACGCCCGCCAGGGAUUCAGUGCGCUGUUAGUGCCAAUGAAAGUGACACUCAAGGGCGGCGCCCGGCGCGUGUGGGCGGGCUACCACGCCACCUUUGCGUUAGACGCCAACGACAAAGUCUUCGCGUGGGGACUCAACAACUACGGGCAGCUGGGUAUAACGGGCGAAAAGCGCAAAGUAGCGCUAUACUCGCCGACGGAAUGCGACGCGUUCAGCUGCGUGCAAGCGGGCUGGAGCGCGGUGGCGUGCGGACAACACCACUCGCUGGCGCUCGACGCGGCCGGGCAAGUGUACGCGCUCGGCAGGCAGGAGUACGGCAGCUGCGUGCAAGCGGGCUGGAGCGCGGUGGCGUGCGGACAACACCACUCGCUGGCGCUCGACGCGGCCGGACAAGUGCACGCGGUCGGCAGGCAGGAGUACGGCAGCCAAAGGCCAUUCCCAAGUAUUCAGAAGCGCAAAGUGGCGCUAUACUCGCCGACGGAAUGCGACGCGUUCAGCUGCGUGCAAGCGGGCUGGAGCGCGGUGGCGUGCGGACAACACCACUCGCUGGCGCUCGACGCGGCCGGACAAGUGUACGCGCUCGGCAGGCAGGAGUACGGCAGGUUAGGGCUGGGCGACAGGGAAGGCGACGCGGAGGCCUUGGAGCCAAUUCCAAAGCUGCAGAACAAGAAGUGCAUUAGCAUAGCGGCUGGCACCUGCAACUCCUUUGCCGUUGCUGACUCCGGCGAGGUAUUCGCGUGGGGUAUGGGCAGCGAAGGCCAGCUGGGCACCGGCAACUGCAACGACGCCGCCGAGCCUGCGCUCGCGCCGCUCACCGCGCCCGCCGCGCCGCUGCGCGUCUGCGCCGGCGGACAGCACACCGUGCUGUUAUUGGAGGAGCCACAGUCGCAAAAGGAGGAGUCACCGGCACCGGAAGAAGAGACCAGCGAGCAAAAGGCCGACGCGGUCACCGAGGAGGAUGAGGAAGAAAAGGAGCCCGAGGUGGAGAAGAGGAAGCCGCGCGGCGGCAAGCGGCCCAAGAAGCAGCAGCAGGAGGACGAGGUCUCCUCAACGUCCGCGCCCGCCGAGCCCGAGCCCCAGAAGGUGAACGGAGAUGAGACAAAAGACACAGCCAUGGAUGUUGACGAAACUGACAAACCACAGGAAGAAGAAAAAGAGGACAUGAACACAGAGGAAUCAGAGCCAGAAAAACCUGCCCAGGACAUCGAAAUGAAGGAGGAAUCCAAACCAGAGACCACGGACACCUCCAGCCAAGGGACCACGGACAGCGACGCCAAGUCCCAGGAGACCGAGCCAAGCGAGCCAACUGAGGCCACCAACUUGAACGGAGACUCCGCGGAGACCAAAACCGAGCCGAUACCAACCAACACUCCUCUGACCACCACGGCGUGAUGGUAAGUCCCAGUAACCGUCUCACCGUUACACACACCAACUCGAGUUGGGCUAUUCGCUGUGUAGCGGUGACUUGUUAACUACAGCGAGAGUCGAAACGCUCCGUCCAUAGAGAAUUUAAUUAAAAAACGGGCGUUUCCAUUCUAGCACCGAGCGGUUACUCGGCUAAUGACGUAAUCCGGUUUUCGAACUACUUCGAAUGAAGUACUUAAGCAAAAUUACAAACAAUCCACAUCUAUAAUAAUAUGGUUAUUUCGUGUAUUUAUGUUACAGUAUUUAAGUUUAUCGGUUGUAGUUGUACGGAUUUAUUAGUAUAGUUUUGCAUAGUUGUCGAGUCAGCUAUGGUAUAGUGCCCGACUGAGUCAAUGGCUGAGGUAUUUGAGGGUAUUUUUGUGACGGUCAAACGUCAGCGAGACUUCAUAUCUUCAAAGGACAGUGCCAAUCCAUGUAUUUUGGACCAAAUGCUGCCCAGAAUGAAACCAUAGCGCAUUUCUCUGGCCAAUACUAAUUUGUAAACCAGAGCGCACUGAAAUAUAUCCUAGUUAAAAGAAAAAAAGAGUUUUGUUUUGAAUUAUUUACAUACAAAAUCAUCAUCACCAUUAUCAUUUCAGCCACAGGACGUCCACUGCUGAACAUAGGCCUCCCCCAAUGACUUCCACAUCGCACGGUUGGUAGCGGCCUGCAUCCAGCGCCUUCCUGCUACCUUUACAUACAAAAUAUCAUCGAUAUAUACGUACUACGCAUAAGAUUUCGCGAUUUUGGCAAUAAAUAACACUCGCUAUGUUGAACUUAACCAUACUGCAUACACUUUACUUUAGUGCCUCUUAGACAUUCUUUAUAAGCGAUCAAGCGCUGUUGCAAUAGUUUGGUAAGUUGACAGAAAUCAUUAUUUCCAAAAUGAAGCAAGAAGUUUUAGUUCUCUAUCCUUGCCUUCUUUGAAAAAUCAAUUUAUUGGUGUAUUACAAUCGAUUAUUGAAGUUAUUGUAAGCUAGUAUGGGCCUGAGAAAUAAAAUGCACAGUGGGUUGAUUCUGGGCAGCACUUGGUCCAGACCUUGGCACCAUCCUUUGUAUGCUCUGUCACGUCAUAAAUGUCAAUGGUACCCAGCGUUGCCAGUUUUUUUUUUCGCCAAGUCGGGACUUUGGUACUUUUUGAGUGAAAAUAGCGGGAUUCUUCCCUCAGAAGCGGGACAUAGUAAAAAAACGUAUAUAAUCAAAGGUUUUUAAAUAUUUAUCUUUUUAUUUGACUUAAAAUUACGUUUACGUGACAAUAGAUAGCAAAAGUAGCCAUAGAAAAUGUAUUUUAGUAAAAAAAUAAUAUUUUAAAUCAGAUUUACUCUAUCGUUAAAUUCGUCUUUAGAAUAAAAAAAGAAGAAAAAAUAAAAAGUUUUAUUCUUUAGAUUAAUAUGGCGUUUCAAACAAUAGUCUGGUGAAGUGAGUGUCUCUCCGAAAAGCGGGACCGAGCCUGUCCCGCGCGGGACAUUUAAAUUUGAUUUAAAAAUAGGGACGUCCCGCCAAAAUCGGUCCCAUGCCGCUCCUACCUCAGGCAUCGACUGAGUGAAGCUAUACCUAUAAACAUCAGGUGCUCUUGGUUGUCACUUGUCACAUCCGGACGUAGCAUAGAACUUGGUUUAAUCAGUAAUUUAAUUUAAUUGAUCAGAUACAUUCUUGAUGAUAAAUGUUGGUGUACGCCAAUUGUGUAUUUGAAAAUGACUUCAUUUUGUUACGUAAAUAUAUUUCGUAUAAUAAUAAUUUGGUUUUAUUAAUAAUCCUUUGGUUUUUUGUAUCUAUGUAUGUUAUUUAUUUAGAACCUCUUCAAAUCAUUACAACUGAACCUUUCUAUGCCUAUUUGAUUGCUUGAAUAUAACAAAAACAUAUCAAAAACUAAAUUUUAAAAUUCGACAAGUACAUUCAGCAAAAUCAUUUCAACAACAAACAGUUUGAACUAAAACAUAUUUGGUCUAUUUUCUUUAUUUGGGGCUCGAUGGCGUAAAUAGAACGUAUUUAUAUAUUUUAGUGACAUCACAAGCUGUCCAAUUUCGUCACUAUUCGAAAAACAAUUUUGCAUUUAAUUACAAUUUCAAAUAAUUCGGUAUCAAUUUUUGAAUUAAUUACCUUUUUGUUACAAAUUAAUUAGUGUUAUUUUGCAUAAUUUAAUAUUAAUUUGUGAAUUUAUGAAGCCAAUUUUUGUUAAUAUAAUAAAUAUAUAAUAAUAGACGAUAUAAUAAAUAAUGAUUUUUUAUAGUUCAAUUUAUUGUUUUACUCAUCCAAAAAUUAUAAUCAGUUUAGAAAUUUCAAAAUUCUUCUGUUAUUAUUGAAUACUACGUAUUGCUAACAAUAUUAAUUAAAUUAUGAACCUAAAAACUAAAACCACUUAUCAGCAAGUGUGUUGACAACUAAAUAUUAUAACUUCUGCAUCUUCCAAUUUUUUAUUUUCACUCAUUUUCACUACGAAGUUUAUUCAUUAAUAUGUAUUUAUAUAUUCGCUCAUCUCUAGUUGACUCACAAUCCUUGCUUCAAACUCUGUAAUAUAUUUAAUAAUAUACAUAAGUUACAUUAUAUUUUGUGGAUUUGUCAUUUUGAAUAAGCUCUAAAGUUUUUAUUAAAUAUCAACAUCGGUUGGCAUAAAAAUGUUAAUGUUUCAAAUUAUAAAUAAAUAGUAAUAUAUUCAAUAGUUAAAAUGACAUUACAUAGUUAUAAUAAAGAUAUUUAAUACAAAGUCCGAUUCACAAUUUCAAUGUUUUAACAUUUUUUUGCCAAUCUUUUUGGGAAUGGAUAAUGUGUCAAUAGAAUUGAGACUGUGAGAGUUGUGUAUUAAAAUACAUAUUUAAUCGUGUGCAAUGUAAACAUCACAUUCGAUUUAUACGUAACUAGCUUUUGCCCGUGGCUUUGCCUCUGUGAAUAAGAGAUUGUCUCUUUCUCUAAAACCUGGAUAAAAACUGUCGUUUGUUUUUCCCUGGGUCUCAAAUUUUAUCUAAAUCGGUUCACUAAUGUAAGCGUUAAAAACUAACAGACGCAUUAUAUUCGCAUUUAUAUCGUUUCGGAUGUCACAUAAGGCGUUAUUGCUCAAUUUGGUCACUUCACUCGUUAUUUUUGAUGAGCACGUUAAUAUUCACUAGGAGCCAAAUCGAUUAUAACAUUUCUACUCUUAGUGUUUUUAAUUCACAUGUUAAGUACCAAACCUGCGUUAGUAGUAAAAACUAUUAGAAGUGCUUACUUUAUCCGCCUGUAUUUGUGACAAUAUUUAAAAAAAAUAUUUAUAACAAAAAUGUUAUCGAACAUAUCUGUAUGUUACUUAUUUAAAGACUGUCAAAAAUCAAAUUAAAAUGAAGGCACGAUUGAUUAAAAUUAACUGCACUUUGCAUUUGUACAGUCUCAAUUCUGUGAAGAAACAAAAAUGAUUUGUUUCACGAUUAAGAGCUGAAUUUGCUUAGGACAGGUUAAUAUAAGAAAAUAGACAUUUUAUUCCGAUAUACAUAGUAUAGAAUUCAAAUUAAUAUCCAGAUACAAGUCUUAAAUCUAGUUGGCGCCAUUAUCGAGCGAUACCCUACUCGCUAGUGGCGCCAAAUUGCCCCUACAGAUAAAACACCAAUUGGCGCCACUGUCGAUGUUAUGAUAGUGACAAGACCUAACUCGCCAGUGGCGCCAACUAAAGCCCGGUCUGUGAGCACGUAGAAUUUUGUCCAAUGACCCCAAGCUAUCCAUCCUUAUCGCUCGCGCGUAAUUAUAUUACUGUUGCAACUGUGCGACGGACGGCCGCAGUGUGUGCGAGCGCGACAGUAAUAUAAUUACGCGCGAGCAAUAAAGAUGGGUAGCUCGGGGUCAUUAAACGAAAUUCUACGUGCUCGGCGACCGGACUUUAGUGAGAUAAAAUACAUAGUAUUCUCUGUGUCUUGGAGGAAAUGUUAUAAUAAAUCAGUCAUUUUUAACCGUUCAGAGUUUUCCCUGUUCUAUCAAAUCUGCUCUAUUCACAACAGUAAGUAGAUUACGCGAUUUUAGAUUACACACUGUAAUAUAUCGAGACUACGCAUAGUAGUCGUUAGAUGUGGUUGCUAGAAUAAAUAAUAUAGGUAAGUGAAACGUUGAGUGUUGCGUGCAUGUCAGCCCGGACUGGUACAAAACAAACAACAUUUGGGAAAUUAGUUUUCAUAAGUAUUCAUAGCGUUAUAGUUAAGCAAACAUUUUGUUGACACGUUUUAUUUUUAUUUUAUAGAAAGUUUUCUCGCAUGAUUCUAUCGGAGUACAAAAGUACAAGUUCUUUCACACGACGCUAUAUUCUUGAUUGUUAAUAAAGAUGAAGUAUAAUGUAUUGUGUUUUCCUAAUAAAAUAGUAGUGUAA